AUGGUCAAGAACUUGCUUUUGUGGGAUAUUUCAUUCAUUGAUGUAGUGUUGAUAUCUAGUCCUAUGGGCAUGCUGGGGUUACCCUAUCUUACACGGAAUAGAGAUUUUUCGGCUAAGGUGUAUGCAACUGAGGCUGCUGCUAGAAUUGGGCAAUUGAUGAUGGAGGAUCUUGUGAACAUACAUAUGGAGUUUAGGCAAUUUUAUGGGCCUGCAGAAUGUAAUGCGCCUCAGUGGAUGAAGUGGGAUGAACUUGAGUUGAUUCCAUUUGAGCUGAGGCUGGUCAUAUGUGGUGCUGACGGGACGGCUUUUGGUGGUUGGAUGCCAUUAUACAGUGCAGCUGAUGUGAAGGCUUGCAUGUCAAAGGUUCAAUCUCUCAAGUUUGCUGAAGAAGCUUGCUACAAUGGCAUGCUGAUUGUGAAACCAUUUAGUUCUGGUUUAGAAAUUGGCUCAUGCAAUUGGAGUAUCUCUAGUCCAAAAGGAAGUAUUUCUUAUGUUUCAAAUUCUGUCUUCUCAUCAACCACGGCAAUGGGAUUCGAUUACAAGGCUCUUCAAAGAAUGGAUGUGAUCAUUUAUUCAGAUUUCUCUUCACAAAUUGCCACAGACAAACUCGAUGACGAUAACAAUUGCUCCAGUGCUGGUGUUGAUCACUUUCCAAGUUUGAGUGAUGAUAUUGUUACAAGUGCCACUCUCCUUAAUGAUGAUGAGUACUUGGAGGAGAUGGAGAAAUUGGAUUUCGUAUGUUCUUGUUCGGUGGACUCUAUGAAAGGACCGUUUUGCUCUUGA